UCUUGUUUGUAAUUCAAAUAAAAAUAAAUAAAUAAGUGAUAUUAUCAAAUGUAAGCUAAAACAAACAAACAAAACAAAAAACACUGAGUUCCUCUGAAAGGCAGAGCACUGCGCCCAUGAGGCUUUAAAUUGGAGGAAACUUCUACACAUCUUGGAACCACAAGCCUGCCUCCCACAGCCUCUGGUUAUUUAACUGACGAGAUUCACUAGGCUCCUCCCUCUUUGUGAGUAUCUAAAAAGUAAAGACUACUAAAGGUCACUCAGAAAAACCAAGCAAUUGGAAAGAAGCAGAGAACUGCUUAGAAGAAACUAAGACCAGCAGAGAUGCCUAAAGAGGCUCAAACAGGCCACCUGGAAUAGACACUCUCAGAUCUGCUGCCUGCAGGCAGAGCAUUGAGCUCCAGGUUUCCAGAUUUUAAGAUCUGUCACCCGUGCUGGGUGGGCUUUGGUAGUGCAGCUGUCUGAGUCAUUUCUGCUUCUGUAAGUAACUUCCUACACAUCUUCCUGUAAGUAACCCCAAUAAAAUUCAUUGGUUCACCACAUUGGAUUUGGUGUACCCUUACGUUGCUCUCUCAUGGGUUCCCUUCCUGGGAUGUGUAGACCUGUGUUUUGUCUCUCCAGGAAGAGUCUGUCAUGCAACCCAGGCCAACAGAGAGCCGAAAUCACUGAUAAGUAGUGACUGUGUGUCCUUCCAAUGAGGAUGGCUGUUGAACUCUGGAAGAACUUAUAUGCAGCUAACAAUGUGGACUUCCCAGGAUACCCCCCAUUGUCACAUUAUAUCCAUAGCUGUAAUCAUCCUUCUGGCUAUGUAUGUUCACCUCUCCGAGAAAACCCAUCAUAUUCCAAGCUAGUGAUGUUUGUCCAGACAGAAAUGAAAGGAAAACUGCCUCCAUCGAUAAUUGAAAAAUUUAUGCCUUCCAACUUAGUGAGCUUUUUCCACAAUGCAAAAAGAUGGGCGAAGGCACAUAGGAUUCCAUCAAUAUGUGGAUGCCACAUUGGGCACUCAUCAGUGUACAGAAACAAAUAAAGCCAUUCUGUCAUUAAACCAUAGAGAUUUUGGACCACACAAACUGCUAGUAAGUGUAGUUUGUUACUGCAGACUACUUCUAAGUCAAUAUGCAUAAAUUGGUUAUAUAUCUCUAGACAUUAUUCUUGUACAGAGAGGACUUGAAGUAUUUUAUCAAAAUAAGAACUCCAUUAUUACAAGAAAACUCCAUUAAAUACAGUUUUUAAUCUCACAUGACAUUAAAUAAUGUGCUAUUAAUACACUUUGCCCACCAGAAUAUGCUCCAUAUUCAAAUCAUAAACAAGCAGGUAUAGCCAGCAGCCAGCAUUAAUUAGAAAGUAAUUAUUUAUCUGGGGAUGAUGACAAGCACCUGUAACCCUGAUACCGGAGGGACUGAGAUGGGCCAGAAGAAUGAGACUGGCCUAGGCUACACAGAAAGACCCUAUCUCAAAAAUAAAUAAAAAGUGUAUUUUAAAUUAUUCUUCCUUCAUUUACUGCUUAAAUUGAGAAUUAUGGAAACUUGAACAUAAGAACUGAAAAGAAUUCCACUGGGGAGAUCACAGUGCAUCUUAAGGGUACAGUAAUUGCCUAACAUUAAUGACCCUGGGUUCCAUCUUCAGCACCAGAGAAAAGUAACAGUUCCACCCCAGUACAUAACUGAUGAUGUUUAUCUGAACCUCCAUUUCCUCUUGGGUAUCAAUAAGGUUAGGAGUCACAGGGCUAGUCUCAUUUUCUUUCCAUUUCCUUCAUCCUUUGGUGUCAUCAGUGCCACCUGGAGAGAUGAGCUCAUGCCUCCACUGCAAAGGCAGCACACAUAUGCAAAUCAUUGUCCACUUCCACCAAGAAAGUAUCAACAGGGGUGGAAAUGGAGUUAACUGCCACAUGCAUCUGCCAUAAGGAUCAGCCCAUGCUCUGCUUUCUCCAGGGUAGAGAUCAACACCACCCAGCCCCUGUGCUAAUUACAUUUACAGUGAUGCUGUGGCCUUCUUAAGGACCCUUCUGACAAGGAACUGUCACUGAAAAUAGACAGGGAGUGUUCAACAUGUGGAGUGUAAAAGCAGUCUAGUUCAAAAGUGGCCAAAGGCAACAGCACUAAAAAAGAUAUGUGAUUGAAAAUCAAACUCAAAAAAAGAAAAACAUAUUCCACAAUAUUAGCCACUGGGUAAAUUCGAGUAACAAUCAAACUGAGAAGUCAGCACACCUACUAGAAUAACAGAAAGUCUUCAAAAUAAUGAUAGGAUCAAGUGUGGGCAUGCAUUCAGAGAACAUCCACCUCCUCACUUCAUUCAGCACUCAUUCAUGUGUUUAUUUUCUUCUUUUAAAUUCAUUUGCUGAAACAGAAAUCUCUACUCUUAUGGAGGCCAUUUCUGUAGGAUUAAUACUUUCUAGAGGACAAACAUUGUUUCUUAUGUUUUUGUGUCGGGAUUUGCACAUUUGGUGUUAAAUCAUUAAUUGGUUGAAUUGAUUUUGAUUUGCUAUUUUUCCUCACCCUUGGUCUUCAUAGAAACUUUUCCUGUUAAAAGAGUACCAGGGUAUUGCUAACACCAUAUGGGAUGGGCAUAUGGAGCAUCAGUGGGAUGCUGGGCUCACUAGAGUGAUUGACAUGGCUAGAGUCUCCCUCAAUUCCUGUCCUCACUGAAGCAACAGGCCAGGGGUGAAUCUUCCUGGGUGUGCUACUAUACUUGCCUGGGCAGUGAUGAAGUUGGACAUCCCUGAGCAUAUAGCCUUCAUUUCUACCUUUAGAUGGUUAGAAGAAAAGAGCCUGCACUACUCCACAGACUCAAGUUCCCAUAGCCACCCUCAGCCUUCAUCAGCUCAAAGCUGGUAUACAGAAGUAGUGACCACUGGGACCUCUCAGCUUCCAACCAGCUACAUCAGACUGAAUCUUCGACUGAAAAGAAAGACAAACAUGUCAACAAAAAAGUGAAAGGAGUAGAGGGAGAAGAAGUUGGUGAUGACAACAACAAAGAUAACGACAGACACUUUAAAGCUUGGGAGAGAGCUCUUAAAAAAACAAAAGAAAACAAACUGAAGUCUGAUGCCUUAAUCCUAUGCCUUUAAAUGCCACCAGAUGGCGCGCCCACAUUUUGCUUGUGGAUAGCUUAGGCCCACACCAAACAUUUGGUCUGUUUUUGAAGGAACCACCAGCAGCUUUCAUACUAGUUUUCUAUAACAGUUUCCUAAACAUUACUGCAACUUUUACUAACAAUUUCUUCAAACCCUUGUUACUCAUAAGCCUAAAUAUCAUAUAUUUUGUAAUUUUGGGGGGACAGCCAGCAUUUCUAGAUACCAACUUUUGUAGCAGUUACUUCCAAAUAUCCAAAAACACUUUGUUCGUGAUAAAAUGAACCAUAUAAUGUAUUCUCUGAAUAUUUUGAUAUUAACUGCCAAUUCUAAUCCUUUUAAAGCUUUUAUUUUUUUACAUAACAUUAUUUUACAUUCAUCAUUUCAAUGUUUUUGCAAUAAAAAGUAAGUUUAUAGCUUCAUGGAAUUUAAUGAGAAGUAAAUACUCAUAUACUAGUUAAGAUGCUUAUCUGGAUUUAGAAAUAUUUGGGAGUUAAAAUAUCUUAAUGGACUGGAAUCAUUGACCAGAUAAAAUAGAAAGCUUCAAUGAUUGCAUGACAACUGCAUGAAGUUUCAUAGGGUACCACUAAUGACGCUGAAGUGGGAAUAUGACUACUCAACUACCCCAAACUAAAUACUGAAUUUAGCUGAACACCAAGGCUAAAGCAGGUAUCUCAGUAAACAGAGAUAAUGCAAGCAUGUGCCUCCAAAUUCUUUUCAUUACCAGGGGAAUGGAAAUGUAAUCAUCUAAUCAAAUAACCUACGGGCUGGGGCUGUGUGUGUGUGUGUGUG